CUCAUCUCUAUAUAUAGGAAAUAAAAUAGCCUUAAGAACCUAGAGACUCUCAUAAUUACAAAGAAAAACAAUGAAUCUCUCUCAUCUCUUGUUCUUCUUCUUCUUACUACUCCUUGUCUCCCAAGUAAAGUCAACGGAUGAUAUGAUCGAAGAAACCUGCAAAACAUGUGCAUCCAAAUCUAUGAUCUUCGAUUACAACUUCUGCAUGUCCUCUCUUAACAGCCCUCCAAUGUCUCCUCCUCCUCCUCUUCUUCCAACCAAUCUUUCUUUUCUUGCCCUAACUCCAAUGCUCCAAGCUCUCGAUAACGCAACCGCAACAGCUUCCAUUAUUCAACAGCUAAUGAGUGAGGGAGGAGGUUUCGAAGACGACGAUUACGGCCGUGCUUGCCUUCGUGACUGCCUCGAGCUUUAUGAAGAUGCGGCGGAGAGACUGGAAGAAGCCGUGAGGGUUUUUGUUUCGAGGGAAGAGAAAGAGACUGUAAAGGUGAUGGUCAGCGCCGCCAUGGAAGUCGCCACGACAUGUGAGACUGGUUUUAUGGAGAGAGACGGUGGUGACGGUGGUGGUGCGAUGACGUGGACGUCUCCGCUUGGUGUUGAGAAUUAUAAGUUGUUUGAGUUGGGUGAGAUUGCUAUUUGUAUCAUCAACAUGAUCUCUCCUGUUACAUCCAUGUCUUUGUGAUUCGUUUCAUUUCUUUCAGUUCUUUUUUUCAUUCAAGUAAAUGAUAUAAUUUGGCCUAGAUGUUUGUAGUAAAUGAUAGUUACGCUUAAAGAAUAUUUUUAGGGAUUGUUUUAGGAAAACUUUUGUUCCAACAAACAUAUAGAAAACAUUAGAUAAACAUUAUUUCCUUCGAUGUA